CCUAUCGUCUGUGCUUGAGCACUGCGUUUUUCGUUGAUAAUUUUUUUAAAAUUAAGUUUCAACGUAUUUAUUUAGUAAUUUAUUGGUUUAAAAUAGUUGCAAAGUGCAUAGCAAAGAUACCGCGACGUUUUGCUUUUGAUUUUACGUACUUUCGUGAGCGCGCUUUGUGUGAAAAUGUGAAAAACAUUGCCGAUGUGUUCCCCAACAGCAGUGAAAAUAACUGUUGUGUGCAGCAACAGCGACGUCAAGUGUAUGUGUGUAUGUGAGUGCGUGUUAGUGUGAGAGCUUGCACGUACGUAUGUUGAAAGAAAAACAACACAAGUAAAUAAAACGCAAAGAGGAAUAGAAAUAAAACAGAUAUUGAUGAAGUGAAGCGCCAAAUAAAUCAGCAUAACUAAUGUACGGCGUAAAAAUGUUGCAGCUAUUGCUGGCACGGCUGCAAAAAUGACCGAUGAGCGCAACGGUAACGGCAACGGCAAUAAGAGCAACAACAAAAACAGCAGCAGCAGCAGUUCAACAAGCAUUGCCAACUCCAGCCACAACAACAACAACAACAGUUCAAGCAGCAGUCAUAGCAACAACAACAACAACCACGAACGCCUAAUUGCAGAGGAGGCUGCAAAGAUUUUACUUAAAAAUGGUAUAAACGGCGCAAAUGCUGCAGCAGCGGCCGCAACAUUAUUAACAGCAGCUGCAGCUGCUGCCACAUUUCAACUGCCCGCCGCACCAGAACUGAAGCCAACAUCAACAUCAACGUCAACAUCAGCAAUAACUUCAAUUGCAACUUGCACUUCAUCCUCCACAUCCGUAUCAUCCAAUGGCACCACGCCCACAUUAUCAACGACAAAAAUUAACAGCAGCAGCAGCUCAAGUCUCUCCAUGGCGACAGCCUCUGCUACGAUGCUCGCUGCUGCCGCUGUCGCCAGCGCAGCUCCAAAACCGCCCGCCGAUGUCAUGGCAGGUGUAUUGGACUAUAGCUCAUUGAAUGGUCCAAGUGCUGUCGCCUCCACAAAGUGCAACAAAUUUGGCGGCAACGGGAACAACGGGAACGGCAGCAGUGGUGGCUUUGAUAUGGGCAGGCAUCCGAUAUCAACGCACAGCAACAACAGUUUGCCGGGCUGUGGAGGUCGACUGCAGUUUUUCAAAGAUGGAAAAUUCAUAUUGGAACUGGCACGCGCUAAGGAGGGCGAUAAAGCCGGUUGGGUGUCGGUGCCUCGCAAGGCAUUUCGGACGCCCUCGGCAGCCACGUCGGCCACGGUGACGCCCACGUCUGCGGUGACAACAACGUAUCCAAAGAACGAGAAUUCUACAUCGCUAAGCUUUUCGGAUGACAAUAGCUCCAUACAGUCAUCGCCUUGGCAACGUGAUCAACCCUGGAAGCAGACGAUGCCCCGUCGCGGCAUCUCCAAAGAACUAUCGCUAUACUAUCAGCGUCCCAGGUACAAUGUGCUCAAUCAACGUGCGCGACAGGCUGCGUUACGUAAACGACGUCGUCCUUAUGAGCCCAACAUUGGGGCGACUAGCGAGGAUUCGCAGUCGAUUUUUGAGCGCAUUCAUGUGCAGGAGAACGGCGAUGAAACAUUAAAGGCUAUCGAAGCUGAUGCAAAAUCGUCGGAACAGCAGUCAGAUGAGAUUCAAAGAAUUAAGCCAGAAUUAAUCAAAGAGGAAGUGACUGAAAUCAAGACAGAGUUGGAGGCAAAGCCGACGAGUCUCGAUGACAGCAAGGACAUGAAAGAUGCUGAGAUAAAAACGGAGGCGAUUGUGGAAAAGAUGAACACAAGCGAGGAUGAAGAUGGCAUGUCUGUCACUGUGGAUGAUGCGACACCAGCAACAUCGACAUCCACAUCGAUAUCCACAACCGGACGUUGCUUAGCGAACGGUAAUGCGAUGAAUGAACUAAAUGGCGAUUCCAAGGCACACACCAAGUGUGAGGCUGGCAGCGAACUGAACACAAGGCAGACGAGGACGACAUUGACGACAACGACGACGACGACAGACAUAAGACUUAAAAAGCAGAAACCCAGAGCCAAGCUCAAUAGUAUCAUACAGAAACUUAUUGAUGGCGUGCCUGCGCGCCUAGAACAAUUGUCAAAGACAUCAGCAGCGACGAUGGCACUAACUGCGUCAACGACAACGAUGAUGGGAUCAACAGCCACGGAGCGCAGCAUCAUCAGCAGCGGUGGCGGAGCCAUCGGUAGUCUAAGUCACUCUUUGGCACACAAGAUCUCUCCGCCAUCGUCGGCAGCGGCAGCGAGUCGUCUAGUCGAGUAUCAUCAUCAGCAUGUGUCGCCGCGCAAGCGUAUUCUGCGUGAGUUCGAGAAGGUAUCGCUGGAGGACAACAAUGGCUGCGUUAACAAUGGCAGUGGAGGUGGAUCGGGAGGUGGAGGCACAAGCAGCAGUGGCGGCGUUGGUGGUAAAAGGAGUCGUGCCAAAGGUGGCAGCAGCAGCAUAGCGACCAGCGCCGUUGUUAGCAAAUCAAUGCCAAUGAAUCUGGCGCCUCCACAGGCCAAGGCAAUAGCCACGCCCACAAUAACGACAACAGCGGCGGCAGCAGCAACGCAGCCAACACGACUGAACAGCUCAUAUAGCAUACACUCGUUGCUGGGCGGGAGCAGCGGUAGUAGCAGCGGCAGCUCGUCCUCCUCUAAGAAGACUCACGAUCAGCCGGCGACGAUAAUCAGUAAUGUGCAUCAUCCGCAUCAUCAAACGCUGUAUGCCAACGCUUCCGCCAACUAUCCACGUGCCCUGCUUAACUCGCCCAAGUCACCGGAAAUGUGUGGCAGCAACGGUGGCAAGUCACCAUCGCAUGCAGCCAACAAAAAGCAACGAUCACCGCCGUAUGCAACGGGUGGUUCACCAUCGCUACCCAUCGACUAUGGUCGACGCACGCCGCCAGUCGACAGCUAUAAGCUGUCCCAGGCGCAUGCCCAACAGCAACAGCAGCUUCAGCAUCAUUCCUUUUAUGCGCCUUAUGUGGGCGCCACCGUUUCACCGCACAUUCCACAGUCCAACAGCAGCAGCAGCGGCGGCGGCGGUUCACGUGAUUUGUUAUCACCGCCACGCUCAAUGAGCGCCUCACCACGUGAACCAGCUGGGACAACCCCACACCGCACCGUGCCCAAGAAGACUGCAUCGAUACGACGCGAGUUUGCCUCACCCACGGCCAGCAAUAGCAGUAGCAGCAGCCACAGUCACAGCACGGUGACAAGUUGUCCCUCGCCAGGCGAGUCACGGAGCACAUCAUCGCCAGAGCGUCGGCAUCUUAAACUGCAGCGUGGCUCGCCGAGCGCUGCUGUAGCUGCUGGUUCCCCUUUGCAUUAUUAUAUGUAUCCGCCGGCGCAGCUCAAUGGUAGCGGCACAGCAAGUCCACAUGGAGCAGCACCAAACGCUGCAGCUGCUGCUGCUGCUGCAGCAGCCGCAGCUGCAUACAUUCCAUCGGUAGUCCCGUCAUCGCUCUUCCAUCCGUAUAUAACGACGCUUACCGCAAUGCGGCAUAACCCAUUGUGGGUGCAUCAUUAUCAGGCAGGUGCAGCACCAUUGUUGCCACCACCGCAUCCACAUGCACAGUCGAGCAGUGCGGCUGGAGCACGUCUAUCACCACAAUCGCCGUAUCAUCCUUUUGGCUACAAUGGUGUAAGUCCGGCCGCUGUGGCAGCUGCAGCGGCUGCUUCUGCCUAUGGCCAGGCGUCGUCAUCGAAUCCACAUUUGGGACAUGCACAUCCAACGGCGCUAUCACAUCAUAAUACGCCGCCUACACAUUUGGCCGAGCACAGAACGCACACGCCAAAACUGACUGAUACUUGUACUGACCAAAUGUCUGCAGCGUCCAGUCAUCGCACUGUCAGUUCGCCGGCCAGCUCCAGUGCGUCUGUAACGUCUGCAGGUGCAGUUGGUGGUGUUGGUGGUGCCAGCGGCAGCUCCUCAGUACAAUCCGCAAUGUUUCAAAAUAGUAGUCUAAAGAAUGAACUAAGUUCAGACUUACCACUGAAUCUGUCAAAACACUGAGACACACGCAACGUCCCCCAGCAUCCCAGCUCCCCCUGUCCUUCGCCCCAGUUGCUUCAGUGUUUGGGCAUCCCUCGAGUUAAGUACAUUACUGCACUAGUAGCACUUAAGACGACAUUCAAAAACCACACUAAACACAUAAUUAAUUGUUAAGUUAGUUGGUAUUUUAGUUGUAACUCAAUUGUUUUGCAUUAAGCUAACUAGGAUUUAUUUUAAGGCCGACAAUUCAAGCUGAAAACUACGACUUUAUACAAUACAAACUUCAAAAUGUUUUUAAAACCAGUUCCAAAAUUAUUUAUGCAAUCAGCUAAGAGUAUAAAUGAUAAAACCAACAAUAUUUUUUGGCUAACAUAUUUAAUAACCAAACGUAUGAGUAAAUUUAUAUAUAUAUAUACAUAUUUUUUUAAUUCCCAUAAGAUGCACGUCUUAAAGAAUCUCAAAAAAUAUUGAAAGACGGGUUUUCAAUGUUUGGUUGGGAUAAUAAAUAGAAUUCAACCAUUCAUUGAAAAGUCGAUACUAAGAUUUUUUUUAUCAAAACAUUUCCUUGAAACAGACUGAACUUAAAAUUUUUAGACAAAAAAAAUUAAAAUGGUAAAAAAAAAAAAAGAAUUAUCAUAGACCACUGCAUCUUACUUUUUAUAUGUACGUGUGUGUAUGUAACGAAACAUUUUGAAACACAAAAACAAAAAAAUACAAAUCAGAUUUUUAUAGAAUGCGUGUGCCUUUGAACAUGAAAAUAAAACUAGGGAUUUAAAUAGGAGAGAAAUGUACUACGAAACUUUAACUACAUACAAAUUCAAGAAACAGC